AUGUCUGAUGAUGAGGUGUGUAUUGGACACGAGGACCUAGUCAGUGACAUAAAGAAUGUUCUUGAUAACAAAUCUAAGAAAACUCCAGUGAAGAAGGUGAUAAAGAAGAAGAAAAAGGAUGAAACUUUUAUAUUGUCAGACCUUGUUGGAGCUAUAACGUCAACAAAGUAAGGUGUAUUGUUUUUAUUAUUGUAUGUUUAGAAAUGUGUCGACGUUGAAAGAAAAUUUGGAUUUGGAAACCGACAAAGCGGCCAAGAAGAAGAAGGCCAAGGCGAAGAAGCUGAAUGUUCCUUUACAUCGACAGGAACAGGUCAGGGUACAGAGCAAGAUUGCAUAUCAUGAUGUCAGGUAUGUUGCUCUUCUCAUGGUUUUUGAUUUGCUUGACAACGUCUUUCGAAUUAGUAACCUUAAUAUAGGAAAGAGCUACGUUCUUGGGAUCCGGUGGUACAAACAAACCGUGCUGCAGAACAAUUAAAAUUUCCAUUGGGACAGCCAGAAGUGUUUUAUGAUGCACCCGUUGCUGAAAAGACCAAAGCUUUUACGGUAAGAUAUUUUUUGUAUUAUAUUACACACAACGUAAACGAUCCUGGAAUGUAAACUUAUUUUAGCCACGAACAGAUCUUGAGUUAAGAUUGGCCGAAGCCUUGGGACAAAGUAAAAACAAAAUGAACAGCGAUCAAUUGUACACAGAAGAAGAAAAGCAAUUGAUCAAGGCAUUGAACAUAAAAGAUGCCAAGGAACGAACGGCUAAGCUUCAGAAGAUGAGAGCUGUGAUGAGCUUCAGGGCUGCUAAAUAUGCAAGAGAUUCUAAAAUCAAGAGUAAAAAGUAAGUUAAAUGAAAUUGCACUUUUUUUACUUUUAAAUUUUACUUUUUGGGUAUCAACUUAUAGUAUUAGAUAAUAUUUAAGGUGUCUUUUCUGAUGUUGUAUUUUAGGUAUCAUCGUCUUCGAAAAAAGGAGCAGAAGAAGAAAAUGUUAAAGGAGAUAGAAGAUCUUUUGACCACAGACCCUGAGGCCGCGAAAGAAAAACUAAAAGAAUUGGAAGUUGACAGAGCCUACGAGAGAGCUACACUUAAACACAGAAGUACUAACAAGUGGUCGGUACAGCUAAGACAAUAUGCUACUCGGAAUCCAGAAAUGCAGAAUCUGAUUACAGAACAUCUGAAUAUGGGCCGAGAAUUGAAGAAGAGACACGACCUGGAAGUGGAGGAAGAUGAAGAAGAAGAAGAGCCAAAAGAGAGCACUAUGUCUAAAGCCGAGUUGUUACAGGUGAGCAUUAGGUAAUAUGUUUAAGUUCUGGUUUUUAGUUGGCAGUAGACCAAGUUCACAAAGAUGAGAAGAAAACCGUGGUCAAGAAAAAGAAAGAACCGGUCGAGAUUGACCUAGAGACUGAUGAUCUACUCAAUUUGGACGUGAAUGAAGAAGGUAUGCCCAUUUAAAACAUUAAUUUUCUUAUUCUUUCCGUUUUUUGUGAAAUUAGGAUGAAAGGAGAAUAAAGGUAUCAGGUUUAAUCCAACAUGUUUUAGUUGUGAACGACGAAUUCUUGUCCAACGCGUUUGAUGGAGAUGAUGUAGUGGGGGAAUUUGAAAAAGAAAAGGAAGAUGAACGUGAAAAGACCAAACAAGAGGACCAGGACUCUAGAUUGUUUGGAUGGGGAGACUGGACAGGAGAAGGUAUCGAUAGGAACAAGGAAAUAGAACGGAAAAACAGGUACAUUCAUAUUUCUACACAAAUUUCUAAAAUUCAAGAAAAGUUUUGUCACUUUAGGUAUGAGUUGUCAACCACAAAUAUUGUUUUAGGUUUUUAAAGAAAGCACCCAAGAAGAAGCGAGCAGAUGACAACAACUCUAAACUCAUUCUCAGAGGUAGCGGGGAUUCUGAGUUCCAGAAGCUACAGCCGGCUGACGUACCGUUUCCCUUCACGGCUGUCAAGGACUUUGAAGCUGUUAUACGACAACCUUUGGGGAGGGAUUGGAACACAUCGCUGUCACACAAGAACUUGGUCAAGAAGGCCGUUGUCACUAAGGCCGGCAGAAUCAUCAACCCUCUACACAAGGAUGACGUCAAACCUCAAGACGACUUCCUGGAGAAUGAGGUCGAUGAGAUCUUUGGAGAUGCUUGA